AUGCUCCUCCCCCUCCUCCUCACCCUCCUCAUCCUCACCCCCGUCUACAUAAUUUACAAACCACCCCACCUCCUAAUCCGCUACUUCCAACACCGCUGGCCAGACGUGCUCUUCCACGUGCCCCUCCCCCCAAACACCGACAACAAAUUCAUCGCCCUCACAAUAGACGACGCGCCCUCGCCCCACACCGCCGAAAUCGCAUCCAUCCUCGCCGAAAACGAUGCACGCGCAACAUUCUUCCUCAUCGGAUCGCAGAUUCCAACCCGUGAAUCAACCCUCGUCGACCUCGUCGCAGCAGGCCACGAGCUAGCCAACCACGCCAUGCACGACGAGCCGUCCAAAUCCCUCCCCAACGACGUCCUCUCCCGCGAGCUCGUCACCGUCAACAACCGCAUUCUGGACGCAUACCGCGCCGCAGGCCUCUCAGAGGAGGUCCUCGACAAAGACCAGCCGAAGCGGUACUUCCGCCCCGGAUCGGGGUUCUUCUCUGAGCGGAUGCGCAAGCUGGUGCGUGUGCUUGGCUUUCGGGUCGUGCUGGGCAGUGUCUACCCGCAUGAUGCGCAGGUGCAGUUCCCGUGGUUGAAUGCGAGGCAUAUACUGGGGAAGGUUAGGCCUGGCAGUAUUGUGGUUUGCCAUGAUCGGAGGGAGUGGACUGCGCCCAUGUUGAGGAGGCUUUUGCCGGAGCUUAGGAGGAGGGGGUAUACUGUUGUUACUGUUUCGGGGUUGUUGGGGGUGAGGGAGAGGUUGGAGGGGGGGGUUUGA